AUGCCACAGCAAACCGAACGUUUAUCUUUUAUAGCCGAUGAUUGCGUAUCAGACAUUGAUUAUUCUGAAGCACGUAAUAUCCUUGAUUUAACUACAAUUAAACAAAAACAACUCCGUCGACAACGUUCACAAUCAUUAUAUACACAAUUAUUACUUAAACGAACUUAUACACAUGUAUGUCAACUAUUAGAUUCAGAUUGUACAGUAAAAAAAUCUUUACCAUUAGCAAUAAUUGAUACAAAUAAAAGAAAAUUAUCAUCUGAUGAUCAUCAAGUACCAACAAUGAACAAGAAAAGUAAAACUUGUGCCGAUAAUGAUAUUCUUCAAUUUCUUCAGGAACUCAAUGCUGUUAAAAUUUUACCCAGUGAUGACAUCGAAUUCUCUUCAUGUUGUUCUACUUUCAAUCAACAAAGUCUGCCGAUUGUAUACGUUGUGUAA